AUGAUUGAAAUUUUAUAUAAUGGACGAGAGUUUCUUGAUAUUGCUACUGAAGAUAAUAUGGAAAAUAUUUUAAAAUUAAACGCUACAGACAUUCAACAAAAGACGAUCUGGUGAAAUAUAAGCCAAUUAAGCUACAAAGAAGUAAAUGAAGCUAUUGAAAAUAUGUAUAAACACCCUUUUGUGGCUUACUUUGCAGGAACUUUAGAAGAUGAAAUUGAAUCAAACGAGCUUUCAUUUUUCAGACAUAAUUCUUCAAAUUUUGCAACUAUAAACUUAGAUAAUUUACAGAUUUCUUCUACAGUAACUCUUCCAAAUCAUUAGCAAUAAAAAUGGAAUGAUAUGAUCUCUUCCAGAAGCUUAGGUUUUCAAAGCUAAUCUCAUAUUUAAACGAUCAAAAUAAUAAUCAGUUAUUGAUUUAAGAUUCAGAUAAUAAAGAUAUUUAAAUGAUUGAACAUUUAUAAGGUAUUAAAUUCUUAUAGCUAAUAUAUAUAAAUAAGUAAAAAAAAUAUAUAAAAAUUUAUAUUUCGAGAAGCUUCUACAGAUUCUGCUUUAUUUAGAAAAUUUAUGGAGAGCUCAAGGUUAGAUAUGCGCAAUAUCAUUGAAUUGGAAGUUAAUUCUUAUAAUAAUUAGCUUGCACCUAACUCUCCCAACUCAAGAAUCAAUCCAUGGGUAUACAGGAAGCUGCAUACUUCCUGAUAAAACUUAUUUUUAUGGCUGCAAUAAUAAUUCUAGUUCAGCCACCACAUUUACGAUCGACAAAAAUAAAAAUUUAAAGCAGCUGCAAAACUCAAAGGUUAAUUAUAAUGUUUUUCCUAUUUUUUUCAAUAAUUAUAUCUAUUUAAUAGGAGGAAACAAUAAUCUGGCUGAGAGGUAUGAUUUUAAACAAAAUGUGAGAAAGUAUGGCUCCUCUGCCCCAAGGUUUAAAUUUUAA